AUCUUAAAUUUUAUAAAAAUAUACGAGCUAACACCAUAUUUUAACCAAUAAAAUUCCCUCUUUUUUCCUUUUACAAUCAUAGAAAUACAACCUAGGAUAAUGAUUUAAAAAAAAAAAAAAAAAAAACCCUGGCAAAGUCGGUUUAAGCAAACGCGGUUGCCAAAUCUGAUAAAUAAAUGUUCUUUCUAAACCAUUCCGAUUUAUCUCCAUCAUUCGUUCAUUCCUCUUAAUUUGUUUCUUCUUCCACCUUUAGCAGAGGAAAAACCAAUCGUGGUUUACGUAUCGAUUUUAGAUUAGAGGGUGGGCGGCAUGGAUAGGGUGAAACAAAUAGCGAGCCUUGAAGCAGAAACCCUGAACAGGUUAAGCAACUGGGGACGAUACUCAACUUCGGAUGACCCAACAAGAACGGGGAGGGUGGAGUUCAUGAGGUGCGACGACAUGAGAACGGAGGUGGCCAUGUGGAGGGCUCGUGAGACCAACCGGGACUUGGAAACGACGUUAAUGGAAGUCCAGCUGGAGGUGAAUAUUGAACUCGCCAAACUCUUGUCGGAAACAAUCCACCCUGCCUUUGCUGGAACAAAUGGGGUGGAAAUAGAAGAGGAAGAUGGUCAUGUUUGUGGGAUUUGUCUACAGUAUAUGGAGAAAGGAGAGGAAGCAAGAGGCAUGAGAGUGUGCGGCCAUAUGUUCCAUGAUUAUUGCAUUUUCGAGUGGGUUAAGAGGAAACCAAAUUGCCCUCUCUGUCGAUGCCCAAUCCAUACUAACACCAAACACUAAAUACAUUUAAUAUUUACAAUUUUGACUUUGUACUAUCUCUGUAUUUCAUUUCCUCUCGUUGCUUCACAAAAUAUAUUCUCUCAGAAAACUAGAUUUCAACUUCAA